ACAACCAAGGAAUGUGAAGAUCUGAGAAAAGAAAACAAGUACUUAACCAACGAGAUCCACAUGGAGCGGAUUGUGAUGCGCACAGAGAACGAGCUGACCAUGAGGAACCUCAGGAACCUGAACCAGGAGCUGCAGGCGCAAGUCAAAGAGCACACUGAUCUGCAGCUUUUACUGGCACAAACAGAAAAGAAUUACUUUGAAACCAAGCUGAAGCUGGACCGAGUGUCUGGGGAGAAACAGGCCCUGCUGCAGGAGAACAGGAGCCUGGAGGAGGACAGAGACAAUCUCCGACACAAGCUGAGACAGAUCACCGAGGAAAAUGUCCAAAUUAAACAGAGUGAGAUGGAUUCAAGGCGCAGAGCGAUGACGUCAGAGGAGGAGAGCAAAAAGGCCAACCAGGCUCAACGGGAGGCCGAGGCCGAGAGGCGUGUGGCUGAGAAGGAGAGGCAGGAGAGGACGGCCGAGUGCCUGAGCUGGAGGGAGAGGCACCAGGAUUUAGCCGACAGAUUCAGAGCUCAGGACGACCUGAAGGCUCUGAGGCAGAACAAGGCAUGUCAGGCCAACAUCAAGAGUUAUUUCCUCUGUAUGACAGAAAGUGAUCAGAGGGUUAAAAUUCUCAAAAAUCAAGACGGCACCCCAAGAAAUUUUACGGAAGGAGACCCUGUGUAUAUCUCCACCUCUGAGUCCAGUCCUGAAGAGCCCGAGAGGAGUUCAACCAGGGCCAUGUUCAGAGUCUCUGCCCCACACACGGGGAGGGAUCAGGGCCCGAGUCACUUUGAUGAGCUGCCCGCCUUCGGAGGAGAGCGACCUGACUCUGCCCCUCCACGCAGAAGCAGGAAGGUGGUGGAAUACUUCUGGAUCCCUACAGACCAGGAGUAGUCCACAGCUGCUGUUUUGUUAUAGCAGAGAAUGGUGAAACCGGCCCUGCUUCAUCGUCACAGCAGGCAGAGGAGGGAGAUGACUGUUGUCGAGGAGUUGAGAUACUUGAAACUCACCAUGUUGCACCACU